AUGUCUCAGCACACGACCAUCCCCAUCAACACGAACUGGGUCUUCAAGCAAGCUGGCGACAACACGACGAGUACCGAGUCGCAUAAAUUCCUUCCCGUAGCCCAGUUCCCCACGAACGUCCAUCUGGACCUCAUCGCGAACAAGAUCAUCCCGGACCCCUUCGUCGGCAAGAACGAGAACGACGUGCAGUGGGUAGGCGAGGUCCCCUGGGUAUACAAGACCAGCUUUCCCUCCCCCUCCGCCUUUCUAGAGGGCGGAAACAACUCGACGAAAGCGGUUAUUGCGUUCGAUGGGCUGGAUACGUACGCCACCGUCGCGCUGAAUGGGACGGAGAUCCUGAAGACGGAGAGCAUGUUCAUCCCGGAGCGGGUGGAUGUCACUUCUCUCUUGAAGAAGGGGGAGGAGGAGGGGGGGGAGGAGAACGAGCUGGUGAUUACCUUUGAGAGUGCCUACUUGACGGGCUGCAAGAUUAUCGAGGAGCAUCCGGAUCAUCAUUGGGGAUGCUGGAACGGCGAUACCUCCCGGUUGGCGGUUCGCAAGGCGCAGUACCACUGGGGAUGGGACUGGGGACCGACUCUGCUGACGUGCGGGCCGUGGAGACCGAUCAGCCUGGAGAUCUUCUCGGCCAGGAUAUCGGAUCUCUACUUCACGAGCGACGUCCACAAGUCGCUCGCGUCAGCUAAGCUGGUAGCAAGAGCAGAUGUCGAAGGCGUCGAGGAGGCCGCGACGGAGAUCCGAUUCGACAUCUCGCUCGAUGGCAGAGAGGUAGUCGCCUCCCAGACCGUGACGGCGAAGGAGGGCCUCGCAAGUCACACGUUCACGAUCGACGGUCCGGCGCUGUCUCUGUGGUACCCCAUCCGCUACGGCGCGCAGCCGCUCUACACCCUGACGGCAACGCUACUCGACGGAAAGAAGAAGUCUCAACUCGACACUAGGAGUAAGAGGUUCGGCCUCCGUCGGGCAGAGCUCGUCCAGGGCCCGCUCACCGACCAGCCCGGAACUUCCUUCUACUUCCGCAUCAACAACAUCCCCAUCUUCUGCGGCGGGAGCAAUUGGAUCCCCGCGGAUAGCUUUCUCCCGCGCAUCACGCCCCAGAAAUACUACGACUGGGUCAAGCUCGUGGCGGAUGGCAACCAGUUCAUGAUCCGCGUGUGGGGUGGCGGCAUCUUCGAAGAGCAAGCCUUCUACGACGCCUGCGACGAGCUCGGCAUCCUCGUCUGGCAGGACUUCAUGUUCGCCUGCGGCAACUACCCAGCCUUCCCCUCCUUCCUGUCGCUCGUGCAGCGCGAGGCCGAGGCCAACAUCAAGCUCCUCCGCCACCACCCCAGCAUCGUGAUCUGGGCCGGCAACAACGAGGACUACCAGUACCAAGAGUCCAUGAAGCUCACCUACGACUUCGCCGACCAGGACCCGGCCUCCUGGCUCGCAACCGACUUCCCGGCCCGCUACAUCUACGAGAAGACUCUCGCCGACGCCUGCGCCACCCUGGUUCCCGAUACCUACUACCACUUCGGCUCACCCUGGGGGGGCGGGAAGGCCACCACGGACCCCACGGUCGGCGACCUCCACCAGUGGAACGUCUGGCACGGCACGCAGGAGCGCUACCAGGACUUCGACCGGCUCGCGGGCCGCUUCGUCUCCGAGUUCGGCAUGGAAGCCUUCCCGCACCCGAAGACCAUCUCGGCCUUCCUCCCCGGCGGCGCCGCCGACCCAGACCGCUACGCGCAGAGCGCCACGCUCGACUUCCACAACAAGGCCGCCGGCCAGGCGCGCCGCCUCGCCCUGUACCUGGCGGAGAACGUGCGCUACGCGCCCGACGGCCCGCUCGAGCACUUCGUCUACACCACGCAGCUCCUGCAGGCCGAGUGCCUCGCCGCGGCCUACCGCCUGUGGAAGCGGCAGUGGAAGGGGCCCGGCGGUCGGGAGUACUGCGGCGGGGCGCUGGUGUGGCAGGCGAACGACUGCUGGCCCGGCACGUCCUGGUCCGUGGCGGACUUCUUCCUGCGGCCGAAACUGGCCUACUUCGCCGUCAAGCGCGAGAUGGCGCCCGUCACCCUCGGCGUCAAGCGGAGCGUGUCCCACCCCCUCGCACCGCGGGACGACGAGAAGAAGACCACGACGACGGAGACGAGGACGACGAGCACGCAGCUGGAGAUCUGGGCCACGAACCUCACCCUAGCGACCAUCACCGCGGACCUCGUCCUCAAAGCCUUCAACGUCGUCACCGGCGUCGAGACCUUCAGCCGAACCAUCGCCUCGGCCCUCUCCCUCCCGGCAAACCGCAGCACCGAGAUUGAUGCGCUCGACGUCCCCGUCCCCGUCCCAGGAGAUGAGGACCGCACCGUCGUCGCCGCAUACCUGUUCUCGACCGGGCCCGGGCCCGGGGCAGGAGAGAAGCUAGCCCGCUGCGUCAACUGGCCCGAGCCGCUCAGAUACGUGCAUCUCCAGCGGCCGCAGCGGCUGCGCUGCGUGCUGAGUGCGGAUGGGGAUGCGGAGGUGGUGGAGCUGAGCGCGGAGGUGCCCGUCAAGGGCGUGGCGGUGGAGUGCGGAGACGAGGACGAGGAGGAGCGGGUGGUGUUUGGCGAUAACCUCGUGGAUCUGGUGCCCGGGGAGGUGGUGUGUAUUCCUGUGGCGGGCGCGGGGCACGGGACGGUGUUGACGACGAGGUAUAUGGGUAUGGCGAUGUCGAUGUCGUCGUGUAGCUAG